AUGUCCGAGCGGCCUGCACAGGCGAUGUGGACCGUAGCACCCGGUGCUUCCGGUGCGGAGACAACAACCACCGAGCACGGGAAUGCAGAGCCCCCCCCCAAGUGUCCCGUCUGCAGCGACCUGGGAAAACCGGCGGGACACAGGGCGGGCGGUAAACUUGUCCUUCCGCAAGGAAGAAAAGCCGAAACAGGCAACGGGUCGAGGGGCAGAUCGGAGUCGGGACCUCCUAAAGCCCAACCGAGAAUCACCUCUAUUGAAAAGACAGACCCAAAGCCUAGAGAAAGAGGAAAAACAGAACGAGACUCGGACCAAGCGAAAAGGCAACAGCGGCAGCAACAACCGCUGCAGCUGCAGGAGCAGCAGCCACAGCUACCGUGGCAGCAACUCGUUCCUGCGCAGAACCCUGAGGAAAUACAGGGUAACGAAGAGGUGGAAAUGGAGCUAACGGAGCCGCAGCAAACGACCCCAUUGCCGGUUCCAGCCCAUGAAGCGACGCCCGAGACUUACGAGCAAGUAGUGCAGGAAAUGCAGCAGAAUGCAGAGCCUUAA